AUGCUCUACCUAGCCAGCUGGCUAGCCCUGCUUCCGCUCCUGUUGCUGUCUCUCCUUUCUUCCGUACACGCUGUCUCCAAAAACCUUGUUCCGACAACCUGGUCUGAAAAUUUUCCUCCAUGCGGCCUGUCAUGUUCGACCCUGUACGCUGCCCAGGAUACGUGUCUUGAGAACACCGAUUCGUCAACUUGGGUGACAUGCUUCUGCUCUUCGUCUCGCAUCUCGACACUUAAAACGAAUGGCAGUGUCUGCGAAAGCGUCUGCACUACUUCGUCCGAGCAGGAGGUCUUGUCGCAGUGGUAUGUCAACUACUGUAAUUCGGACGGAAAGGAUACCGGCGCUGCCACAACAACAACAAAAACAACCAGCAGCGCUACUGCUACAAGCACCUCAAGCUCAACAAGCACUGGCUCAAGCUUGAGCUCGUCAAGUUCGGACACCGGCAAAUCCUGGUGGGACUCACACUACAGAUGGAUAAUAAUGCUGAUAGUGCUGGUCUUCGGCUUCGCGGCCCUAGCGGUCCUAGGCGCCUGGCUCAAGCGCCGUUACGACGCAAAACACCCAGGUCUCUACCACGCCGCCGGAACCGGCGCAAACGACAGCAAUGCAGCCCUGCCCAACGCAAUCAGAAUCGUGAACCCCGGCCCCGUUUCCUGGGGUCGUUCUGCUGCUCGUGCGCAGUCUGACCUGCAGUCUACGACUAUGGCGCAGGUUGUGCCGGAUUCGCUGGCUAGUAGCUCGCGCACUGAGGUUGCUAGUUCUGGGGACAAUCGUGUGAAUACUGGGUCGACGUUGCAGAAAUUGCCGCAGUCUGUUUCUGAUGUACAGAUCCGGUCUGUCUCGCGUGGAUAG